AUGAUCAUUUCGAAGAGAGAACAUUUGCAACAGCUUGAAAAGGAAAAGCCGCUUCUGGCAUUGAUCGAUGAGAUAUGUUCUAUUGAUCACUCCUUAUUAGCAAAAAAACUCAAUGAGAAUUUGAAGUGGGAAAAACCAACAGGUGAUCUUUUGCACUGGGUUAAUGUUUUGAACUUGUUUGACGAUAUUUUUGAGAAACACAUUUCCAAAUAUGGCUUAGACGAGGCAUAUCCAAAACUUCGAGAGAUUUCUCCGGAAGAUUCAGACCUUUUGGUAGCGUGCUUGAGAUUCACGUCAAUGCUAUUGGAUCAUUGUACUAAUGGUUACAUAUACUCUAGCCUGGAACGUAUUUUUCAAUUGAUCAAGACACCCUCGAUUGACGUUAGAUUUGCUGCUUUGGAAACUGCGAUUUUCUUAGGAGAAAAACAUAACCUGGUUGGCAGUAAAAGAUUUAAUUUUCCUAAAGCCACUCGGUUACAAGUGCUUGAGAUUGCCAAAUCGUACCCUCCUCCAGUGCCAGCAGGUUUCCUCCAAAGAAGAAUUGAGCAAAAUGCGCUUUCUCCCGAUGAAAAUGGCAACAAAAGCGCCCAUUUCAGUUUGGUUGAUACAAUUGAUAUAACAAAGAAGCAUCCAUCCAAGUGGAAACAGCUUUCGUUCCAAUAUUACAACUCUAAACCGCUGGAGAUUAAGCCCUCCACCAAGACCAAAAAGAAAAUGAAAACCAACAAUCCAAAGGCCGCGGAAGGACUUGCACACUUUUACUUGAACGAAGAACAAGUCAGGCGGUUGUCUUUUGAGCAAAUCUUAGACGAAGGGUCUGAGUGCUUGCCAAAGGAGAGCUGGUUCAGCUUUUCUUUGGCGGCUCUGAACGCAAAGGCUUUCAAUAGUCGUCUGUAUGACUCUUUGGAAUUGAGAGUCAAACUUCUCAAAAUGAAAUGUGCAGCUAUAGCAAUUACCAGUUUGGUUUGCAACACCGAUUACACAUCGGCUAACUUUUUUGAAACCGAGCCUUAUAUUUUGAGCUUUUUGGUGGACCUUAUAUCUCCAGAAUUUUCAUCAAUUGUCCCAUCGGACGUGUUUUAUUUCGCAGUGAAGACUCUUGAUUGUAUUGCUUCGAAGCGAGUCUGGGGAACAGAAUUGGUCCGUCAUCUCGGUGGAAAUGUCAGUCAUGGUGUGAUGUAUCAACUUUUGAGACAUAUCAAUAAGAAAGUUCGAAAUGAGGAUGAGGAUUGUUUCGAGAAAAGUCACCUUAUCUAUUUUACACUACUCAGCCAUUUCAUUGAAUCCAAAUCUUUGUUACCGCGACUCGCUUCCGGUGGCUUAUUGAAUGAAUUGAUGACUUUUUUGAAUGUGCACACGAAAUACAGGUGGACAUGCUCAGCAGCAUUAAACACUUUAUCCAUGUUUUUGGGACUUUCUCCUGAUUUAAUUUCAGAGUUUUCUUCUAAUAAUGGAUUUCAACUUUUGAUCGAUACAAUUAGUUACGAAGUUGAUUUUGCAUUGGACAACCCAGAUUUCGGUGGCGGUCCUCCCAAAGAUGUUGUGACCUACUACACAAUUACUCUCAGACAAGUAAAUUAUUUGAGAAAUUUACUCAAAGUCGUAUCCAACCUUAUACAAUCUGAAGCAGGAGACCGUUUGAGAAAUCUUUUCGAUUCUCCGAUUUUGAUUAGUUUCAACAAAAUCAUAUCCAAUUCUCACAUAUUUGGCCCUUUUGUUGUUGCAGCGACGUUGGAUGAUGUAUUGUACAUCAUCCAUAAUGAACCAACUGCCUUUCCUAUCUUGAAGGAAGCAAACGUGAUUUCGACUAUUCUUUCUCGUUACCUGGAGUUGUUUAUGCCUGCGCAUGAGUUACUCAUGUCUCUACUCGAAAUAUUGGGGGCAAUUUCUUUGAAUAAGGAAGGUUUGUCCAUGGUAAUUGAUUCGGCUGCUAUCAAAACGUACUUCAAAUCAUUUUAUGAAUUGGAGUUUGCUAAGAAAUUGGUUCAAGCUGACGCAAGUACUGGCAUUGGAUGCUCUAUGGACGAGCUUGGUAGACAUUACCCUACCUUAAGACCGAUUAUUAUGGCAGAAAUCAAAGAUCUUGUUGACAGAUUUCCGGCAUUUGCUAAUAAAAAGUUAAGACCAUUAUGCUUAUACGGCAAGGGUGAAUCUAUGUUCUACAGGAAUCAGGAUGAUGCCCCGAAUGGCGACGAUGAGCCUCAGGAGGAAAUCAACUCUUGGGAAGGAGUACAUGGCUCUAACCUUUUCGAUAAUGUUAUUAGCUUUUUAAGUGGACUUCUUCAAGACAGUGGACAGUGGGGUAAAGAAUGUGUGAAGGAAAUUCCAUUCGAGAGCUGGGAGUCCUUUUUAACAUUGCCAAACGCUCCUUACGACUACGUGUCAACGAAUACUAUGAUCAACUUCUUGUCAAUUCUCAAAUAUCUCAACGAUGAAGAGAAAACAUAUGGAUUUCCCGAAAUAUUGAAACUUCUUGAUAAAUUGGUUGAUACCCCUAUAAUCAAGUCCUUUGCUACGCAUUCAGGAGAGGCUUCAUUUUUCGAAUGUUUCCAAAAGUGCCCAGAAAAAGGUACUGCUAUUUUACAAGCUAUCAACACAGUCAAUACGGUCUUGCAUGGUAUCACCGAAAGUUAUCUAAACCCUACGAUUAUGGUGCACGAUCGUUAUUUGUCUUUCAUCAAUUAUCUUGGAUCAAACCCUACCCUCAUACCAAAUUUAGUCAAAUUCAUGAGCCGUUGUAUCAUAGAGGAGAUAAACAUUCGCUCUACAUUACCACAUCAAGUUAUCGAUGAAACCUCACCGGUGACUGAGGUAGGUGUAGACUCUCCACAGUUGUUGGUCUAUUCCAAAGAACCUCCUCGCAACCCAGUUGCGAAUGCUAAUAACAGUGCUAAAUUCAAAAACACUUUACAGUUGAGGUUUUUAAUGAAUCGGUUGCAGAUUAACAUUGUCCUUAUUCUUACUUGCAUUUCAAGAAGCUGUAUGCAAAGAAGACAGGAUUACUUUGAUGCGGAUUGGAGACGUUAUGCUGUGGAUUGCACCAAGUCUUUAGCUGUUUCAUUAUCAGAUAUGUGGGAUGCGGGCAAUUCGCUUAAUUCAACAAACAAAUUGAAUUAUAGUUUGAUUGCUAUGAACAUCAUAUCAUUUAUCUCUAAAAGCAAAGAUAAGGGAAAGGAAGUUCUCUCUACUCCUUUGGUACUGUUUUACUUUGUGACUACAGACAUUGUUCAAAAAAUCGUGGAUACAGCAAUUGUCACUUUUGAUAACCUAACUUCGAUGUUGCCCGCUCAAGCGGAGGACGCCAAGAUUUCAAAAUAUGUUAAAUGCUCAGACGUCUCUAUCAAAGCGAACUUUUUGGACCACGCCCUACUUUUCCUCGAGAAAUUAUGCACUCCAGGAUUGGUCUCAAAAAUACCUUUCAGUUCCUACUUUUACAAUAACGGUUAUGGAAAUGGUGAUUCGAAUGUGAUUGAUGGAAUACUUACCCAAGUAUCCGUGCAAUGUAUGCGCCUCAUUAUUUUCUGCGUGGGAUCGAAGUCAAAAAUGGUUCAACAGAAUGACUUCUCCGGCUUUGAGAAUUUACUGGACUCAACUGCACAUUCAUUAGUCACAAUAAUCCGUAAUACCUGGACGGUGGAUCCUGUCGAUGAAUAUUACCCAUUGAAGUCAGAGUGGAUCUCGCCGGUCAAAGAUGAAAUUCGGUAUUUGAUGGAUAAAGUCGGAAUCUCUGAGGAGGGCGCAAAAACAAUUUUGCAGGAGGCAAAAUCUAUCCGUAACCUUCAUGAUUUAGUCAUUAAUAUUGACGCUACUGAUAGUGAUGACUGGAAAAAAUGCAUGGGAGUUGAUUUCGAUGAAGUGAAGAAUUUGUUUGCGUAUCAACCGAUCAAUACGCAUGUGGUUCAAAAUUUCAAGUCGGAUAAAGCAAACGAGAGUAACGCCUUGUUUACUUCCACGUUGAUCAAAUUGGCCAUGGUUUGCAAAUCCAUUGUGCCUAUCAUCUCAUUGAUUAUGAAAGAUCGUCAAAUUGUAGGUACUACAUGUGCAGCUCUUUUCGAAUCAAUAGAAUCUUUGAGCGAAGAAAAAACAGAACAAAAUAUGGGCCGUCUCUCUGCCGCGAUCGCUUUGUUGGAGAAGUUAAUUUUUCAUGGACCAAUACCUACGACCUUCGAAGCAGCUGUUAAGUCAUCUUAUCUUGCAUUUGUGAACUUUUUCAUUGAAGAGCUCGAAAAGAGACCGGAUCUUGUGGAUUCUGAUUACUUCCAAUCUGGUUUAUCUUUACUUGAACCAAUUCUAAGUGAAGCGAAACCCAACUUCUUGUUAGAUGUUCCCUUAUUGCCAAAUUUAACUUGCAGCAAUGAUUUGAUUUCGCGACUUGCUUCUGCUGUUCUUAUUCUCUCCCCCCAAAAAAACAUUAGAUCAGCCAUAACCUUGUGCCGGUUCAUGUAUUUGCUUGGAAAACAAGAGAAAUUUAGAAUGCAGGUUGCUAAGUCUUCUCUCAUGAAUCAUCUAACUGUUAACAUGCAAGGCUUUAUGGAGCUGAAUGAUCUCACUUUGUAUAAAAGUCUUCAGGAUGUGUUAAUAUUGCUGGUUCGGGUUUGUUUUGAAACUCCUACUACCGUCGAGGGCUUUAUCUCAGCCGAGGUCACUAAACAUAUGAAAAAGGGAGGGAGACAUAGUUUGAGGUCUUUAGUUAACGACACAAGAUUUUUGUGUGGAAGAGAUCCAGAGAUAUACAUCAAAACUGUCUCCAAUAUGGUAAGACUCGUUGAUGAUGAGUAUGGGCAUGACUUCAUUUUCUUAUUAGAAAAGAAACGUGAAGAUGAGAUCAAGUCGGUGAACGAUGAUGUGGACAUGACUGAAGAGAGUGAUACCCCCGCUUUGAAUCCUCCAACGGGCUUAGUACAUUUGCUUUUAACUGAAGUUAUGGAUACUUACAAGAAGGAUUGGGUGUCAACGCCUGAAACAAGUACCACCCCCGAACCUGAACAUGAUGAGAAGAAGAAGAAGGAACUGCAUUUUGAAAUUUUAUUGAAGAACAAAAGGUUUGGCUAUAUGUGCUUUCUUUUGCAAACUAUAACAGAAUUGAUUGGGUCGUCAAAAGAAGCAAAACUUGAGUUUAUUACUUUUUCGAAAAAGAAUAGCUCGAAUGAGAGCAAUAAGCCACGCUCCACAUCAUUGAAUUUUUUCAUUCAUCAGCUCAUUUCCAGUCAAUUAUUUGUUGCUCCUACCGGAGAAGAAUUUCAAAGGAGAGAAGCAAUAUCCUCCCUAGCGAAACUUGCAAUUCUCGCCUUAGUAUCAACGACCGUUACUAAUGCUCCAGAUGAAUCCAAUCCUAAGAAGGAAGAUCCUGACAUGAUGGUUGUGAGGAAGUUUUUGAUGGACGUUGUCUCUAAAAUUCUCAAGGAACUAUUUCAGGCAGCAGUUCCAACUUCUUUGACAUACAGUAAGCUUUAUGACUUGUUUGACAUGUGUGGAUGCUUGCUUUCAACUAAGUUUAAAGAGCUUUGUUAUCCCCUUUUGGAUAAAAAUGCUACGAAAUUAGAUCAUUUCUAUAUUGCGUCGGCCUUUUUUGACAAUCAGCUACCAAACCAAAUCACAACUGCAUUGGCUCGCUUAGAUUUAAAUUUCCCUAACAUUCACAGGAUUAUGAAAGUUGGCCUAAAGCCCCUUUCAAACUUAGCCAAGAUUAAAGUUGCAAAUGCAGAAUUAUUUGAAUCGAACUCAUUGGAUGAAGAAGAGAUUGAAGAGAUUGAGGACAGAGAUGAAACACCUGAUCUUUUCCGAAAUUCGACGCUUGGCAUGUAUGACAUUGACCUUGAUAGCGAAGAAGAAGAAGAAGAUAACUAUUAUGAUGAAGGUCCAAUUGACGUCAUGAUGUCAGGAUCUGAGAUGUCUGAAGAUGAGUCUGAAAGUGGUGUCUCUAGUGAGUCAGACAUGGAAUCAGGAGAAGACGACGAUAUGCUGGAAGAAGACUUGCAACAUCAGUUAGAAGGGUAUGACAGCAAUGAUAGUGCAAAUGACAUAGAAAUUAUCGAUGAGCUUGCCAUUCAGUCUGGAAGCAGCUCUGAAAUGGAAGAUGAUGAUAGUGAUAUUUCUGACUUUUACGGCUUCGAUGAUAAUAGUGCAGGAGAGACUGAAAACAGCGGAGAUUAUGAGGAAGAGGAAGAUGAAGAGGAAAUGGAUUAUGACGAUGAUGAACUAGACGGUUGGUUAGAGGCUUUUGGAGACGAGGAAGAAUUAGAGGGUUCAGAAAAUGAGAAUGAGACACGCUUUGCAAACCCAUCGAAUGACUUUAGUGAUCGUGAGUUUAAUAGCCUUCACUCUGAUUAUGAUGAGGAUUUGAGUACAGAAGACGAAAGCAAUGGAGAAAUGGAUGGCACUGAAAUGGAUUUCGAAGGUGACCAUGGGUCUAGAACGCGAGAAUUUGUUACUUCGUUCUUUGAUGCUCUUCGACCCAUCACUCAUCAGAAUGUUUCGGGCUUGUUUGAGGAGUUGGUCCAUAGGAGACAUCUCUCUGAUAGGACCCUUAGAGGUUCGAUCCACAUUGGCCUUGGACCUAAUGGUAACGACGCCUUAAUUGAUCCACUACUUCUCUUUAAUGAUAAGAACCUUGCUCAUUCAAAGAAUUCUUUUGAUUAUAUGUUCAUUCGCUCAACAAUAGAGAGAUGGAGAACUGCUUUUUCCUAUUUCUUUAGCAACUAUGAGAAAGAUUUUCUUGAUGAAGUCCAUCACAGAAUCAAGGAAGCUAUCUAUGAUGACAGCAUUGAGAUAAUCAAAAAGAAGAAGGAAGAAAGAGAACGCUUGAAAAAAGAACGGGAGGAAAGAGAAAGAAAAAAGAAGGAAGAAUUGAAGAAGAAAAGAGAGGAAGAAGCUCGACAACGUGAAUUGGAGUUGGCAGCAAAUCCCCCUCCAGUCAGAGAACCAGUUAUGUUACUAAUUGGUGAUCGUGAAGUGGACAUUAGUGGCACAGACAUUGAUCCGGAAUUUUUUGAAGCCUUGCCAGAACAUAUGAGAGAAGAGGUUUUUACUGAACAUGUUCGGGAGCGCAGAGCACAGGCGUCGAGUAUGGAAGAAGACGUUCCUGAAAUUGAUCCUGAUUUUCUUGACGCUCUUCCUGAGCAUAUUAGAGACGAAAUUGUACAUCAAGAAUCACUCUCUCAAAGACUUGCUGGUGGUCGUUUUGGAUACUUAGGAGAGGGCGAUUUGGACGAAUCUGAGGAAGACAUCGAUGAUCCAAGUACUGCGCAUUCUCAUGUCCAAGAGGGUAACUCUGAUCAACCCCAAAAGAAGAAGCUUCGGAAUUUCAUAACUCCUUUUGAUCGAUAG